AUGUCACGAAUAAUUAAUAGUAACCCCAAACUGAACAACAAUGGCCGCAAGAUGUCACUAGUGGCAUGUUUUAAAUGCAAGAAAUGCGUGGAUAUAAAGUCAACUGUUCUAUGUUCAGUAUGUGCGAACAGAUUUGAACUUUGUUGCGAUGGCUACCCAGAACAAACAUACAGAUUAUUAAGCGCUGAAUCAAAAAAGAAUUGGCGAUGUAAAAUGUGUGUAAAAGCAGCUACAAAGCAGAAGACCGCCAGUGCUAGCGGCACCAUUAUAUCAAACAUAACAGUAAGAAAAAAACAGAAGCCAACACCGACUCCCACACUAAACAACGACGCCUCGAUGAUGGACUCACACGUACUUUCUGAUAGUGAAACCCUCAAUGAAUCACAUAUUUCGCCUAAUAAACUGUCUAAGAGCCUAGAUGGAACACUAUCGGACUUAAUCUCAUUAACAGAAAUGAAAGAAACACUAUUACAGUGUAAAACGAAGCUAAAUAUGACUGAACAAGAAUUAGAUAACUUGAUAUUAGAAAAUAAUAGCCUUCAUAAACAAAUAGAAAAACUAAUCACGGAAAAUAAUACACUAAAAUUGCUGUGCCAGUCGUCUACCAUUAUGGAAAGUACUCAUAACUCAAUACAGAAGAGGGCAUUAACACAACGGAACGCAGUAUCUACUCCGGUAUCAUCCAAGCAACAUUCUGAGUUCUUACAUAUAUCAAAUCUGGAACGAAAGAUUCAAAGUCUCCAACAACAGCUGAACACCGCGGAACAAGAAAUCACUAAUCUCACUCAACAAAUAGUAUCCUUAACUCAACGUCUACGUAACAACAGUCUAAAUACAGAUACGAUAUAUUGUAAUGAAACCAGUACUCCGCUGUCAACACAAUCGAAAAUAAUUCACCCACCGACUUCCUAUUACGUCAAACAACCAAAUAAAUCGAUAUAUAUUUUCGGUGCCCAGCAAUGUGUGGGCCUGGCUGCAACGAUUAUGUCCUGA